GUUGUUAUUUCUCGCAAAUUUUCUUGAAUGGAUUGGCGUCUAGCCGGCACAACGUGGGCAAAUAAUAAAAUAAUUCGUUGGUGCGUGCAUGAAAAAAUCGGUCAGCAGACAGUCCAUAAAAUACAUAAUUCUAUUACUGAAGAAGUGUGUAAUUUGAAAAAAGAUGCCUUACAUUUGUUUGCUACAGGAAGGCAAUGAGAGCCUGUCGCGUCUCAUGAACAGCGCUCAGCAAAACGGCUACGCGGUCAUAGCUGCACCCAUAAAUGCAACUGAAAUACCAUUGGAGUAUCAGGAACCACCAAUGUGUGAUCGGCAAACGGAGUUCACGUACUCAGACUUGAUCUUCCCAUCAGAUCAAUGGAAUGGAAAAGUGAUAAGUAUUCUGUCGGACACCAUCGACUGUGAUGCCGAGGAUCCAGUAGUGCGUCGCAAUGCAGAGGAAACACUGAAGCGUGAUAUAUCGUGGGGAGAACAUUUGCAAUAUGGUGGUUAUACGAUGAUACAACUAAAGUCUGACCGUAAUCUUAAUAUGGCACGCAUUGCUUCAAGUAAUGUGAAGGGGUUACUGCUCGUGCAAGUACCGUUAUAUAAUUCAAAGAUUGCACAGUCUACCUGGCGUCGUGACAUUGACAAUGGACAGUUGGAGCGUCUCGAACAGCAGGACACUUGGCAUUGGUGGAACAGCUUUCGAUGGGCGGCCGAUUUUAAUCCAAAAAUUAAAGUGGUACUCGAGUUAAAUGAAAGUGAUCGUCCAUCAUUGGAAGUUGUGCGUCGUUGGAUGGGUGAGCCGGUCGAAGCAAUCAUUGUGCCCUCUACAAUGUUCAUUUGCAAUCGCCAAGAUUACCCAGUGCUACCAAAAGCUUGGCAGGAGAUUUUAUCUUAUUUUAUGCGUGCACGCAUAAAUAUAAUUAUCUCUUCGGAUGUGCAUGACGGCAGCCUGAAACUCUAUGCCGAUUAUAUGAUCCGUUUCCAGGAUAUUAACAGUGACAUGCACGAACUGUUGGCUUUCGAAGAUGUGUUGGAGGAGCCGCUGCAACCAUUAUACGAUAACUUAGAUUGUUAUACUUAUGAGGUCUUCGAAAAGGAUCCUGCCAAAUAUAAGCUUUAUCAAGAGGCCAUUGAACAAGCACUUUUGGACCGUGUUGCUGAAAAAGACAAGGAAAAGAAAUUGACCGUUAUAAUGGUGCUAGGGGCAGGUCGAGGUCCACUUGUACGUUCAGCGUUAAAUGCCGCAGAAAACACCGGGCGUAAAGUGCGCGUCUACAUUAUCGAGAAAAAUCCCAACGCUAUACGCACACUGAAUGCUAUUGCUAAAAAAUUGUGGUACAAGAAAGAUGUGCAUAUAUUCUCUAAGGAUAUGCGCGAAUUCUCACCACCUGAACCAGCCGAUAUUCUAGUCUCUGAGCUAUUGGGCUCAUUUGGUGAUAAUGAACUUUCACCAGAAUGCUUGGAUUGUGCACAAAAACUACUAAAAUCCGAUGGCAUAAGCAUUCCCUGCAAGUCUACCUCCUAUAUCAAUCCAAUAAUGUCUUCCAAGCUGCUUAAUGGUGUGCGUCAAGUGAUGCGUCAUGAGACAUUUGGUCGGCAAAAGCAGGCCACUUAUCAUACACAUGCAGAGAGUACCUUUGUUGUGCUACUCAAAAAUAUAUACAAUAUUGGCUUGCCACAAUCUUUGUUCGAAUUUGUACAUCCUAACCCUCAAAGUCCAAUUGAUAAUAGUCGCUAUAAAACAUUGCGCUUCGAUGUGGAAUUGGAUUGUGUGCUUACGGGUGUAGCGGGCUACUUUGAUACGGUGCUUUAUAAGGAUAUUAAGCUGAGUAUUAACCCACAAACGCACACGCCAGGCAUGUUCUCUUGGUUUCCGAUGUACUUUCCGUUCACGGAACCAAUAGACGUAAAAAAAGGGCAAACUAUUGAAAUUCACUUUUGGCGUUGCGUUACAAAACAAAAAAUUUGGUAUGAAUGGUGUUUGGCUUCGCCACUCCGCACGCAUAUACACAAUCAUGGUGGACGGUCAUGUCCCAUCUACAGUACAUAAGCAUAAAGGCGUACGUUGCAAACGCUUAUAAAUAUUCUAUGCAAAAAUUAGAAAUAUAAAAUUCGUUCACCGAAAAACUUGACAAAUUUAAAAUUAUUAAUAAUUUGCUAAAUUCUGUUAAGGGAUUAAUAAAUAAGUGACUAUUAUCUCGCUAUGACUUUAAUAAUUGAAUCAGAAACACUUUGUAACCGAUUUCUUUAAGGAUCCGAAAUGUAUGUAUGUUGUAUUAUAAAACCAAAUAUUUUUAUAUGAUAUUAAAAACUUUGAAUAGGAAAUGGCUAAUUUUUUCUUAAUAGCAUAAUAGAUACUCUACAAAUUUGGCUGUUUAUAGUGCAAAAAUAAGAUUUUAUUUACAGAUAUUUAUAUAUAUUUUCGUUUUUGAAUUAUUUUAUGUACUUUAUUUUUUGCAUUGUUUUGACUAUAACUUUUUUUAGAAAGCACAAACUUUAGUUCAUGCAGCAUAUUUUAUUAAACAUUUUUACACCGUUUUUCUAUUGCAUUAUGAAUAAAGCCAAGAUUUUUUCAGAGCUAUUAAUGGAAUAAUAAGUUAAAAACAUGCCAUUCGACAAUAUCAUAUCGCACCCUAAAUACAAAAGGGUCACAACUCAAAAUACUAAGAUUUUCAAUAGAGACGAAAAACGUUUUAUGUAAAAAUUAUUGUAAUAUUUAAAGAAAAUAUUGUUCCACCAUGAAAAUAUACAACAUUGAAGAAGGUUCUACUACUUUUUUUUUCAAUUUUAUAUUACAAUAUAUUUGCGAAAAUAAAACAAAAUUUUGAUUUAUGACUCUUUAACUGAAAUUUUUUCGAUUAGCUAGUGAUAUUAUCUUAAGUUGUGCCUUUUUAACUGAUAAAAUGUUUUAAUUUUAUAAGUUUCCUAACCUAAUUGAACUCACUUUUCACAACUAAAGAGGCACAAUGCAAAAUAAUAUACCACGAAAUUUAUCACUUUUACAGUUAUAAAGGCAGAACUCAAAAUAAAACUCUUUGUGUGUAAUAAAAGUAAUCAGCUGUUCUUGAGCCCAUUAACGCAACUAAAAUAAUUCUCUUUAGUUGAUCGUGCAAAAGCAACACACUUGACAUAAAAAUAGACAUAACUGUAUUUUUCCAGUUAAAGAGAUAGUUAUGUGAACGAAAUAUUUGCAGCAGUUAGAAAUGUGUACUCUGAAUUAAUUUAUGCAAAAAACUCAGUUUUGCAAAAUUUUGAGUUGUGACCCUUUUGUAUUUAGGGUGCGAUAUGCUAGAAAUGUGAAGUAAGACACAAAAUUUGUAAAACAAAUGCUUAAUUUCCCCAUUUAAAUUUAAUAAAAAUAAAAUCACACUUAAUGCAAAAAUAA